AUGGUGACCAUUAACCUGGGACGGGCGGAAGCCUUCGAACAGAAGCUGGAGAAUGUGCAGAAUGAGCUCGGGAUCCCGCCGAUGGAACACAUCCCCGUGCAGUAUGUCAAUGAGACUGACUGGUUGUCCGAGCUCCUUCCGUACAUCCCUUCGCUUCUUUUCUUGAUUCCGCUUCUCAUGGUCAGCAGGAGCAUCGGGGGAGGCCUUCCAGGUGCCGGCGGACCUGGAGGGCGGAAUGUCUUCAGCAUCGGCAAGGCUUUCCCCUCUGGCAAAAAGGACCUGAAGUCCACGGUGAAGUUCGCAGACGUUGCCGGGCUGGAGCAGCCCAAGGCUGAAGUGAUGGAGUUUGUGGAUUUCCUGAAGACACCCGAGAAGUAUGCCAAGUUGGGAGCGCGUGUUCCCAAAGGUGGUCUCUUCGUUGGACCACCUGGUACCGGCAAGACCUUGCUGGCCAAGGCGGUGGCCGGCGAAGCGGACUGCCCCUUCUAUUCCAUGAGUGGUUCGGACUUCGUGGAGAUGUACGUGGGUGUGGGCGCCUCACGGGUGCGUGACCUGUUCAAACAGGCCAGAGACUCCGCGCCAUCCAUCAUUUUCAUAGAUGAGAUCGAUGCCAUCGGACGGAAGCGGGGCAAAGGUGGCUUCACAGGUGGCAACGACGAGCGGGAGAGCACUUUGACGAAUCAGAUGCUGGUCGAGAUGGAUGGUUUUUCCUCCUCCACUGGAGUGGUGGUGCUGGCGGGCACGAAUCGCGUGGAUAUUUUGGACAAUGCUUUGCUUCGGCCCGGGCCUGACAUGGCUGAGAGAGAGAAGAUCUACAUGGUGCACUUGAAGCCACUCGCGCUGGAGAAACCUGGCACCGGUUUUGGGGUACGGGUACGAAAGCCGUUGGUCCGUUGGUUUGAUGCGAAAGACCUCAAGAUGGAAGACGUGGCCAAGCGCAUGGCAGCCUUGACCCCGGGCUUCGCUGGGGCAGACAUUGCCAAUGUUUGCAAUGAGGCUGCCAUUUUCGCUGCCCGCCGGGCGGCCACUGCAGUGUCCAUGGAAGACUUCGAGCGUGCCUGCGAGCGGGUCAUCGGUGGGUUGCCCAAAAACAAUAGCCUCAUGAGUGCGGAUGACAAGCACACCGUGGCGAUCCAUGAAUCAGGUCAUGCCGUUGCAGGUUGGUUCCUGGAACAUGCGGACCCCCUGCUGAAGGUGUCGAUUCAGCCCAGAUCCAGCGGCGCGUUGGGCUUUGCACAGUAUUUGCCUGCAGAGAUGAGCCUCUACUCCAAGGCGGUGUCCCUCGGGGGCCGAGCCGCAGAGGAGCUCUUUGUGGGGAAGAUUUCCACUGGAGCCUCGGACGACUUGGACAAGGCGCACGAGCUGGGAACAGAGGAUGGCAGGGAGGCCAUGGUGGCCAACUACGGCAUGUCUGACAAGAUCGGUUUGCUGAACUUUGGACAGAAUGACGCCAGCAACCAGUUCUACAAACCCUAUAGUGAGACCACAGGGCAACUCAUCGACCAGGAAACACGGGAGGUCGUUGACCAGCAGUACGAACGAGUCAAGAAGCUGCUCCUCGAGCAUGAGGCCACCAAGCGAAGCGGGCCGAGCAUGAGAUGCGACCCGUGCAGGUGA